CACACACACACACACACACACACGACAGCGGUUACGUCACACGUCGGGAAUGCACUGAGGAGCUGCUGCUGCUUCUGCUGCUGCUGCUAAAGGCCUCUGGAUCCGUCACAAAAUGAGACUGAAGGGAAGAGGAGAGUCACUGUAAAAGAACCCUGCCAUGUCCGGUCCCACCUGGCUUCCACCGAGGACUCUGGAUAGCCCAGAGCGAGCUGUGCCCCAGAUGUCUCACUCUGCCGGGUCAGCAAUGUACCGAGCCCCCAACAAAAAAGGGACAUCCGACUUCCGGCCAAAAUAUGGCCCCUAUGAGCAGAAUGGAGGAGGAGGAGGAGGAGGAAUGGCCACCAGGUACAUGGCAACUGGACCCACAGGUGGGCCCAUUCAUCAUUCGUCGAACGAUCACUAUUACCCCCCUCCCCAUGGUCCCAAAGAAGACCAUAUAUGGAGCCCUCACAUGGACAGCUAUGAGCUGAUGCAUCGUGGUCCUGAAAGUCCAGCAAGUUAUCACUCCAAAAUCGAUGCUGAUAUUGACUCCCUCACCAGUAUGCUCGCGGAUCUGGACAGCCAUCCACAGGACUCCAGCACACAACUGUACGACAAUGUGCCUUACAACAAGUACCUCUCAGGGGAUCACUAUAAGCCUGCACACCAGAGUGCAGCCCCUCCUCUGGGUCGGCCAUCCAGGGGCUACCCCCCUCAUCCCCAAAGCCAAUACCACCCAGGGCCCCCCUACACCGGCGAUCUCCAGUCACCUCAGUACUCCACCUCCCACCAGCAGGACUACUACUCCUCUUCUUCAACCCCUAAGUCCUACUCUCAGCCUUACCCUCAGCCCGUCCCGGCCUCCUACACCACUGCCUCAACUCCCACUGGGCCCAGGUUCAGCGUCCAAGUCAAGACAGCACAGCCUGUCACCUACUCUCAGACCGGCAGGCAGGCUGAACAGGCCUACACACCACCCCCUCCUCGCCAGCAUGUGUCACGCCCCCCUCCUCAGACUCAGACAAGUCCGCAGGACUGGUACCCUUCACAUCCCAGCUCACAAGCUCAGGAGAUGCACUCCGAGGCGGUGUACAAGGGGAGCGGCUCAGGACCUGGAGGAAGAGUUAACCAGGUUCCAAUGUCUAAGAGAGGGAUGGAAAAUAAUCAAACGGGGCCGGGGGCUGCACAGAGUCCUGCUUAUCAGUCCAGCAAGGGAAUAACAACAACUAGGCCUGAAGAAGAGUUAGAUCGACUAACCAAGAAGUUGGUAUAUGAUAUGAACCACCCCCCUGUGGAGGACUAUUUUGGCCGCUGUGCCCGCUGUGGUGACAACGUGGUCGGUGAUGGCAGUGGCUGUAUUGCCAUGGAGCAGGUGUUCCACGUGGAGUGUUUCACAUGCAUCACCUGCCAUGCCCGUCUCCGAGGGCAACCCUUCUACGCUCUGGACAAAAAGAGUUACUGUGAGAGUUGUUACAUUAGUACAUUGGAGCGCUGUUCAAAGUGCUCCAAGCCCAUCCUGGACCGUAUCCUACGGGCCAUGGGAAAGGCAUACCAUCCUCGCUGCUUCACUUGUGUGGUUUGUAACUGCUGCUUGGACGGGGUGCCCUUCACCGUGGAUGCCACCUCUCAGAUACACUGCAUUGAUGACUUUCAUAGGAAGUAUGCUCCUCGCUGUUCAGUAUGCGGUGAGCCCAUCAUGCCCGAACAGGGCCAAGAGGAGACAGUGAGGAUAGUUGCUCUGGACCGCAGCUUCCAUGUUAACUGUUACGUCUGUGAGGAAUGUGGUCUCCUGCUGUCCUCUGAAGGGGAGGGCCGAGGCUGUUACCCGCUGGACGGCCACAUCUUGUGUAAGAGCUGCAGCGCUUGCCGCAUCCAGGACCUUUCAGCCAAAAUCUCCACUGACUGCUAACAAAGCCUUUUGCGUGCAUCCGCUCCACCUUUUCAGCACUCUCACCAAUCCACGCACAGUCAACAUAUUACACAUUACUGAUGGCACAGACAGGAAAUGCCCCUGCUUUGCUCAGACUCGUGAGGUGCUCGUUUCUUUUCUUUUUUCUUGGUUGUGCUGACUAUGACAUGAACUUUGCUAUAGUUCCCUCUGUUGGUAUCCAGCUGUAACUUUAUUUGCAGAGGUACAUGUUUUGAGAUGGAGUCCUGAUGUAGCAAACACCUAACUAGUUUCCUUUCAAUCAGAUGUCGUUUUUUUAUUUGGUACACAGCUGCCCCAUUUUUUUACGUUUAGUUCAGUAUUAGUAUGACUGUGGCCUGACCUGCAGGCAGCUUGGGCUCCACUUACCAUUUAUGGGUACUGCUCAACUAUUAGCUUGCACGUUAUUAUCACUGUCUAAGACAAUGGAAGUAUGGAAGCAUAACAUAAAUUUGACCUGAAAAUGAGGGUCUUUUUUCAAAGAAGCAGCUAUAAAUGACAUUUGUAAAACACUAAAUGUCAAAGUGUAGAACUGCCUCAAAGCAAGCAUAUUAAAAGCACAUGAUGCAACAACUGUGACUGUACAUAACAGGCUGGUUUGGUUUGACAAUCAAACUGUUCCCAACUGUAUUAGUAGUAGCCUUCAGUGCAGUGGAUAUUUGCAGUGGAGUAGCCUCCUAUAGCAGGAGAAAUGUAGACAAAAGGAAUGUGUAGUUAACCUCACAACCUAGUGAUUUUCCUUUCUUUGAGCUUUUAUUAAAUGCUACUACAAUAUUUGCUACAACAAAUCUCUUGCACAUCUCCAACAUAAUAUCAUGUUUAGUUAUUAAAUUGGAUCUCAUAACCGGAUCGUUGCCAUUUUUUAAAUCAUCGAGAAUAACACUUUGAAUGUCUACAACACGCAAUCUUGCUUUGGUGUGAAUAACAUUUGUUGUUGGUUGAUACUUGACUGUUACAUUGAAGAUGAUGGUGCAAUGAAGUCAAAUGCUUUCUUCUGUCUUAGGAAAACAGGGUGUUGGUUUGCUUGAAAACAUCUGAAAUUUUAGAUCAUGUGAAUAGUUUAUAUAUGUCAUGUGUCAGUUGGAGGACCCUAAACUUAUACUCAAUUUACAAGUAUCAACUAAUUGAUUUACUUGACAAAUACUUUUACAUACUGGUUAAAGUGGAAUUGAAUAUGAUUUUGGAAUACAACUUGUGGAUUUGAGGGUUGUUCAUCCUGGCACUCGUGUGGGCUGAGUCGAGACUUUGGAGCUACAGUAUUUGUUAUGAUUAUGUCUAACCUCCAUUUUUCCGUCCGUAUUUUGUAUUUGUGUAACUUAAAGGGCUAGAAAUUUGGAAGCCUUAUCUCAAGGAUGUCCUUCAGUUUCAUAAUGAUCCUAUUUUUGAAAGUGGAUUUGUCUAUAAAAUCUUGUAAUCUUUUUUUGAUCAUACUAAAAUGGUUCAGUUGCAUUUUUUUCUUGUUAAUUUAUAUCCUGAUGUAUCCUGCUUUUCAUCACCAAGGUUAUCAUCUCAUUCACGCUCAUAUGUGUCAUUUUUAAAAUCCUGACCCUUCAACUCAUGUGUAAUACUCCUGGAAUUCCAUCUCAUCUGUUUAUUAUGCUUACCGUGUGUUCAAUUUGAAUUGCUGAAUUGUGAAUUGGAGCCUGUCAAAGGCAGAGGUACUGCAGCAGACCUCGUCCACUGAUGAGUUGACACAGGCAUUUUGUACAGAAUAAGCAGGAUGAUGAAGUAGAAAUGGUAGUUGGUUACAUUACAUGGGAGAGCAUGUAAACACAUGGGUGGAGUUUCUCAUAAUACAAGUUGUAGUAACACAGUUGAUUAUUAAAAUGACACGUACAUCGGUA